AUGUGUUUUGUCUUAUAUAUCACUUAUUCAGAGCACACACCAAAACAAACAGGCGUCCAGACAGCAUCGGUAGGCCUAUGGACUCGGCUAACAAAACCGGGACACAAAUGGGAACAGGAUCUGUACCGUCGGUACGGCAAAUGUUUCGGUAUCUAUGAUCUGAACCGUCCGAGUGUCCUCAGCAGCCAAUACUACGGGUCGUCACCACUGGGACUACAGGAGGACGAGUCGGAUAUGAAACUAUUGUUCGGCGCCUACAGUAUGGAAGUCAUAAUUCAGAUUAGUUUCGGUGUCAAAGUUGAUGCCCUGUUCGAUAGGUAUAACCCAAUCAUCCGAAAUGUACAGAAAUUUUUCUCCCGUGACCUCAAUCUCAGAAUGUUGACCUUAUUUAUGGCUCCCGCGGCGGCCAAAUCAUUGAAGACCGUCGACGACGACAUCGACAACGACAAUAAUAAUAUGAGUCGACAACAAAAACGGGUCGACUUUUUGCAGCUAAUGUUAGACACGAUGUCCAAUACUAAGACAACCGAUGAUAUUAUUACCACCGAUGAAGACAUUACUGAUGGCUAUAAUGAGUUAUCGUCCAAAUCGAUGAACCCUUUGGACAAAAGUCUAUCAAAUGAUGAACUAAUAGCUCAGUCGGUAUUCUUGUUUAUUGCCGGCUAUGAGACUACGGCUACAGUAUUGUCGAUAACUACCUAUUUGUUGGCCAAGAAUCCCGUAGUCCAGGAAAAACUAUACAAUGAAAUCGACAAUUAUUUCAAACAUAACAAAGAGACAGACCACGACUACGAUAUACUACAUUCCCUGAAAUACUUGGACGCAGUUAUUAUGGAAACUAUGAGACUAUAUCCUUCGGCACCGUUUCUCGAGCGCGAAGCUAGCGAUGACUAUACAUUGGGCGGCGGCGGCGGCGGCGGUAGCACUGGCACUGGUAGUAUCCAAAUACGUAAGGGUCAACUGAUUCAUAUACCUAUCUAUGCCAUGCAACACGACGAGGCCAACUUUCCCGAUCCGGAUCAGUAUUUACCCGAACGAUUUCUGGCCGAUAAUGUCCAACAUGACCCGUACGUCUAUCUGCCGUUUGGUGCCGGACCUCGCAAUUGUCUGGGCAUACGAUUGGUUCAUAUGAUAACCAAACUGGCACUGGCCAAUGCCGUCCAUAACUACCGGUUCAUCUAUACUGGGCAAUAG